CAUUUGAAUUGUAUUGUAAAUAAUGGACAUAGUGGAAUAAUGCAGAUUUAAUAUGGAUCUGUCAUUGUUUCUAUUGUAUUUCUUAUACCCAAUCUCUGGUUUGGUAUGAUUUGCCACUCUUAAAGUCGCUUGGUAAAUUCUGAAUGGAGGAAAAAAAUCAACUUAAGCUGGCAUUGUUUGUCAAUACAGUUGUCUAAGGUAAUUUUUCUGUUGAUGUGUGUCUGUACUGGAUAUUGAUAUCUGUGCGCAAGUGAGACCUCAUCAAACUGCUCCUUGCUCCACACAGCUUGCUCACUCAGUAUGUCCGCAGUAUGGAAUUAUUUCGCCUUUGGAUUGUAAAUAUGCAAUUUACAAUGUCUGGUUAUGCAAGGAGAGAAUAAUGCUUCUUUCUUCAAUACUUGUAAUCUAAUAUCACGCCUCAGGAAGAAUCAUUCGGAGUCACACAAAGCUAGCGUACCUGCAGCAAAGUAUUGAUAAGAAGUGACCAGUGGUACUGAAAAUGACUACCCAGUCCAGAGUUACUUUACUUUACUUUGUUCUUAUAUGGACGUUUGUGCCACAUACAAAUGUACAGCUUUCUAAAUUGUAUUGUUGCUGUUGAGAAACUGGAUCACGGUUUUAACUCCAUUAGGACUUUUGGCUAAUUCUGGCAUAUUGAUAGAAAUGUAAUAUGCACCGUCCCCGUAAAUAAAAAUUAGGCUAGUAAGAGAACAUGUUAUUAUAUAGUUGGUCAUAAUUUGUUUAGUGACUGUUUUGUUGAGACAAAAUGUUUACGAUAAAUAUAGAAUUUUAUAACUUGUAUUGUAUAUUACAGUAUUUGUCUUAUCUUGCGCAAAUGAUGUUUGUUAUUUGUGAAAUGCAUCUAGUAGCAUCACAGUAAAUGAACCAUAAUGUGUUCAUUACACGAUAUUAGUUUGAGGGAAGAGCUGCUGCCAAUAUCAGCAUCGGUUGAUAUCCGUAUCGGCAAUGAAAUGCUGGACAAUAUUGGUAUAUUGAAUAUCUAACAAAGCCAAUAUUGAGCAUCUGUAGUGGUUUGAAAGAUUCUGAGUUCAAAAUGGCAGCGGUUUUAAAGAAGAACUGUCAAAAUAUUGUCUUCUUGCACAAAUUGGAUUUGUCCUUAAGACUUGCAUUAAAAAUGCUUGUUCCAGUGUGUCUUAUCAUGGUAAAAACUCACUGAAGCAGCAAACUUAGUGAAACACAAAAGAUGAGUCACUGCCAAAGCAUUUAUGCCACCACUGUAUGUAAGAUUUUCUGUAACAUUGCCUUAAAAAAACAGUUCUGAAAGUGUAUUUCCAGUGGUGAAAAAAUGCAGUGUAUUGGGGUGACUUUUGUUUUUAAAAAAAUCUGCUAUUUUUUUAAUUGUUUGAACUGGUAAGUUUAAUCCCAGCAUGCUUGUUUUGUUUGUGGCAACCCAGUGGCCGGUUACCUCCUAAACAAGUCACAGUCAUAUGAGCGUAAUAAGGAUGUGUCAUGCUCACGUCAUGUCCAGGCUGAUAACAGCAGGCGUUUCUCAACAUGGAGCUGUGCACUGUGCAAACAAGUUGUAACAUUUACCUUGUUGCUCCUUAGUUUUCCACCGCUAACCAAACUGAACCGCUUCUAUGUGCUGGAAUGUGAUUCAACCAUACCACUGCACAUUCCGCCGAUCCCUUUAGUUAAUAAUCGAACCAGGGUCAUGAUCCUGGCGUCAUAUGACAACAGAGCAGUCAAAGGAAACGGGCCAGACGUGGCAGCGUGUACGCACAGAGGCUGCUACGAGCUGUGACUGCACCUGUGUGAUUGUGCGGUCAAGGUGGGCAUGGUGAUUAUUAGCUUUUCUUACCACUGAAGAAAAGCAACCAAACCUUAUGGAAGGCAACGGCGAGUUCAGUGAUACUGACAGCGGCAUCAUCCUUCACUCUGGCUCAGACAGCCCAACAUCACAUACGAAGGAUGUCGGCACGCACACACGAGCCAUGAAGCUCAAACACCAGGCGCUCCAAGACCAACUAGACCUGUGCCUUCUGGAGCUGAAGAAACUCUGUAUUCGAGAAGCUGAGCUGACGGGCCGGCUGUCAGGAGAUUAUCCUCUGCUGCCAGGAGAGAAGCCUCCGCAGAUCCGCAGACGCAUUGGGGCUGCUUUCAAGCUCGACGAGCAAAGCAUCCCCCAGGGAGCUGAGGAGUCUGCCCUAAAUAUUGUCGAUGCAGAGUUGGCUCUUCAGUUUAAGAUCUACGAGGCAGCGCGAAAGCUUUGCGAGGAGAGGCACCUGAGCAAGGCUGUUAGAAAGAGUCGUUUGGAGCAGUGCAAGCGAGAGGAGAAGAAACUCAAACGGCUACAAGAGACUGCCUUCCAACUGCGGCUGGAGCACGGCCAAUCGUCACCACUUCCUGCUUUUAACAUCACACAACAAGAUCUUGCUGCGUCUGAUGACAGCUCUUUGUCUGAUUCGGUGGUUCAAGAUGAAGAAGUGGCGAGCGAGUCUUCACAGCUUUCCUCGGGACUUUUAUAUUCAGGAGAGAUGGACCCUCCACAGACACUCUGUGUGUCCUCAGAGUCCCACACAGAUGGCUCCUACCUGUCACCCACUGUGGGUCCGCAGAACCUGCCACUGACACCGAGCCAGUCACCUCACCCCAGCCUUGACUCUUCUAUGAGUUUUAACUCAAGUCCUGCCGCAUAUGACCCGCCUCCUAUUCAGCUCUCCCCUUGGUCUGAGUCUAGCCUCGACCAGCCAUACCAGAAGAGCAAGAAGUCACGUUCCUCCUGCAAGGCCAGUCCAGCCAAGACUGAAUUGCUACCACCACUGGAGGCUUGCUUGGCACACUCAGCUCUACCACAGCAGCUCUCCCAUUUGAAACUGAGCCGAACACAGUCCACCAGCACGCCCUCCACUCCGGAGAUGCGUGUUCACAGGCAGCUCUCCCUCAGGAUAUCCAAUGAAUCUUCCCUAGUAUCAGAAAAGGUACGUGGUCGCACCAGAGGUCCAAGGAGGCGACUGAUAGAUUACAACAAAACAUCAGCAGAAGCUCCUCCACUCAUGUUUAAUUACGUCAACAAUGCAGGCUCCGAGGAUAGCAACUCUGAACACUCAUUUGCAUCCUACAGCAGCUCCCCCAGUCAAGAAUUGCCUUGCAAUUUGCCCAGACACUAUCAGGCUGCCUCCCCGGUCUGUCCUCCAUUCAGCAGCUAUGGACCUCAAGCCGCCCCACAUGCUGCAUUUUACCACAGUCCCAGGCAUCAGUCCCACCAAGGAUAUUACAAUGAGGAAGUGGUGUACCCUCCAUAUGUGGACAUGCCUUGGACUUAUCGCACCCAGCAGGCUCCCUGUCUUUCCAACAGAUACGAGUACCGCUACAAAGAAGCUUCUGUGCCCCUGCAGAGAGCACAGAGGCAUGUGGCUCCUGAUAGCAGACACUCACCCUCCCCGGCACAAUGGGAUCAUCCACAGUACGGCUCCAACUGCCUCCCGCGGCAAGUGGUGAGCGAACAGCUGAAAUCAUGGCACCGGCGCAGUCAGUUCAAAGGACCCAGGUCGCGGUCCCUUGACAGACAGGGCGCAGUCAGGGUGAAAAACAUGGCAACUCGGGAGUCACCCCGAAACCAAAAUCAGAGGUACCAUGAGCAGGUCAUCCAAAGAAGAGCUCUUCAGAUAUCUGCAGAUGACUCUCAAGAACACUGGCUGGCAGACGAUGGCACUCACUAUGUAAGUGAAGUGUGAAUCGUGGGUUCCUCAAUGAAUGAAACUGAAUUAAAUGGCAACAAUUCACUUUUGAAUUGAGCGCCAGAAGAAAUAUUGUCUGAUUUCAUGUGGCCUUAACUAAACUAAUUAACUGAAAAGUUGAAUGAGCACAUCUCACUUAAGUGGGUGAAAACGCAGGUUGGAAUUUGUAGUGUAACAAAACAUAAGCAUUGAAAUGAACUCUUGUGAAAUAUGGGCUAAACCAAAAUACCCUCCAUUACACUCACUGUUUUACAUUUAGGUGCGUGCAACCUGACACCUGCAAUUAGGGAUUUUUAACUAGUUGUAUGAAGACUAUCAACCACUAUUGUAAGAUACUGUAAAUGAGUAAUGUUCGCUUAGUGUAUGUACAAUACCUGUAUUUUUGUGUAUGCUGGUUGGGCUCAGUACCUUCGAGAGGCUGCUCAUUCCAGUUUUGUCACUUUGUCUUGUUUACCUGCUUUUACUUGCUUCUGUGUCAGCUGGUGUUAAUUGCUGAUGUACUCAUUAGUUAAAUAGUUGAAAAACGAUGCUAUGUUAACAUACAGUACAUGAGAUUUUCAGUAGCAUUGUAUGAGAAAAGACUUGAAGCUUGGCAGCUAUGUACAUGAAAUAUGCGAGAGUGCAGAUUACAACAGACCAAACUUUUGUUCGCACCAAAAAUUACAAUUAUAGUAAACUUCAUGUGUCUAUCACACAAAAUACAAGUGAUCCCCACUCAACUACACUCACUCGAAGUCUCUCACUGUGAUUUUAUUUAUCUGUUAAUUUAUUGUGACUUGUGACUAUCAAAUCAACUCAAGUCAGACUUGAAAUUUGUGUAGAUAAAGAGUGAACGCCUAGUGCAGUAGACUGUAAUUGUAACAGACCACAAUCAUCUUUUCUUGUGUGCGUUUUUACUGUCUUUUUUAUUGAAGCAUUUUAGGUUAAAUUGAAAAUUGAGCUCCUGUUGUUAUAUUGUUGCAUUCAUGACAAUGUUUUCCUGUGGAAUAAAAAA